AAGUGCCAGUGAAGUAUAAACAAACAGAGAGGUUAAAACUAGUGAAUUACAACAAAAAUAACUAAAUUUACUAAGAAAUUCUCAUAGACAAUACCUCAAGAAUGACCGAGAAUGUUUUUUAUCUGUGAUAAUGUCGAAAAAAGUGAAGAACAAGAAUAAGAAAUACCAAGCAGUUUCAGAUUUCACGAUAAACGACUGUGCAAAUGCCGCUGUAGCUGUCUCAGGGAAGAAAAAGGAGUCUGUUGAGUGCAACAGCACUAAGAAAUUAGUGGAAUUGGCCAGGAAAUCUGUUCAUGAAGUCCAUGAAGUGCUGGAAGAUGAUCCAGAGAAACUGCCUGAAGACUGCGAAGAAGCAAAGAUUGAGCCUCCGGAAAAUACGGAAGAGUUCUUUGCGGACUACUGCAUAGAUAUUUGGUGGUUGAUAUCUGAACACAUAAUGCCUGAAGACAUCCUGCGAUUCGCUCUGAUCUGUCGCAAGACUGCGUGUGUUGUGAGCAUGGCGAAAUUCUGGUCUGAUCUCUAUCACAGAUUCUAUUCCCUGAGCGCUGGUCUUCCCGCGCACCUUCAGCCGCGACAGAUCGGGAAGCAGGGCAACUUGCGAAGCUCCGUUAUUCGGUCACUCUUCUACACAUAUCCGCCCUUUAAGAUGAGUCUCAGUCAGCGGGCGAACAGAGAUCCCGCUUGUCUAGUUGGAGAACACCUGGAGUCCGCGUGGUUCGUUCAGAAGCCCGGGGAGAAGCGCAAGUGGACUUUUAUCUACACAUUCAGGCCGCGAAGUGUGAAGAAGACCUCCAAGAAACGGUUUCCCGCCGAAAACAGUCACGUUUUGUACAUAUCCACGCGGCAAUUUCGUCCUUUGCCACAAUUUCAUGGCCACGACGUCUUCCUGAAGAGCCUCACGCGUCCCUUGGCCGCGGGAUUCUCAGAACUCGCUCUCAAGCUCACCUUCGAGGACUACAAGCGAAACAUCGUGCAGACAAUCACGUACGACAGCGGUGUUUGCGUGCAAGUGAUUGACUGGUUUUCACCUCUUUUGGAAUCCACCGUGCUAAAGCUCUGUGAUUUCUCGGCCGGUGACUCAACGGACAAUACAUUCUUCGAUGAUUAGUGACAGACAAGUGUGUUGAGGAGAGAUAGAGGAAUAAAACAUUGUGAUAAGCAAUGGCAAGUCUCUUCUAGCGCCUGGGAAAAUGAUAAGAUUUCUUAUCGAGCCUCUUCACGAAA